AUGCGUGACCUCAUCUAUGCGUUAAGUCCAACGUAUCAAAUCCCUUCUCGACACCGAAUCGCCGAUGAUCUGCUGGAUGAAGCAUACCAUGGACUACAGCAGGAGGUGCUUAAGGAGCUGCGAAGAACCCAGUUCCUGAAUGUGACGGUGGAUGAGACCACUAACAUCCGAUCUCAGCGGGUGAUUGUGAUGACUAUAACAACGCCGACGAAGUCGUGGUUUAUUCAUCUUAAUGACAUGGAAGACAAGACUCUUGAUGCUCCUGCUAUUAGUAGUUGGAUCUUAAACAGGCUCCAAGGCAUCCUAUUACAGCUAGACAAAGUCGUUGACUGGAAUAGGAUCAAUUCUAUUUCGACAGACACAUGUCAUGUCAUGAAAUCAGUCUGGGAGAAACUGGAGGCAACCCCAGAACUCAGACACUGCUUUAUGAUUCCCUGUGACUCUCACGGCCUACAGCUAAUUAUGAAGGAUAUCGUUGAUCCUAAGUCCUCAAAGGUUCCACGGGCGAAAGAGGUGUUUAGGUCUGCCCUUGAAGUUGUUGUCUUCUUCCACCACUCACCACUUGAGUACGCAAGGAUGCAAGCAAAGCAGAUUGAGAAGUGGGGCCAUAGAAAGGCGCUUAUUGCGUCGAAGCCAUCUGCAAGUGGACUCUCGCAACUCCUGCUGCUUCGACUACAAGGGGGGAGGGAGAUCGUUCGGACUGCUAACUCUCAUUCUUUCUGGUGGCAACUAAAGGAGUUGAUCAAGAUACUUAAGCCUCUGCAUAUAGCCCAGAAGGAAUCGGAAGCUCGGAACUCGUCAAUCAUGGAGGUAACGCAACGGUGGUUAUAUCUCCAUGAAAGUCUGCGAACGCUGGCUUCCCAAACAUCCCUCAAGGAUGACUUUUUAUCAUAUCUGGAUGGCAUAGGCUGGCAAAGUCGUAUAACGCGUCAGCUAGAGCCUAUUCACUGGGUAGCUUAUCAUCUUGACCCUGCUAGAGUCCCUGGAAAAGUUGACGAGAGCUCUCGAUAUCACAUUGAAGGUGUUCUACGGCCUCUUCAAAACGAAGAUAAAAGCUCGUCUGCUUGGCACGAAUUUCUGUCGUUUCGGCAGAAGACAGGUGCAUUUUAUAAUGCUUCUUGCUGGAAGGCUAACUGUCCAUCUCUCUUUUGGCUUGAAGCCGCGGACUUUGCUCCUAUUCUUGCUCCUUUUGCCCGUCGUCUUUGCAACACUGUGGCGAAUUCCGCAGCAGCGGAGAGAGCCUUUUCACAAAUGAACCUUCAGCACACAAAAGUCCGGAAUCGGCUCGAGCCUCACCGCGUUGAAAAGUUGCUCUUUGUCCAGAUCAAUAAACGACAAUUCCGGACAGAACAGCCUCCUAAAAUCACCCAAGAGUUCCUUCUUGAGGAAGAAGACAACGAAAUAGAGAGGGUUUUGCAGCGUAAGCAGGUGCAGGACCAUCUAUCAGAGGGUUCUGUGACUUCGGAUACUUCAUCGAAUCCCGCAUCUAGUCCUACGCCAAGUCCUACGCCUGGUGUAGGGUCGAAUGUCGUGUCAACUUUAGACAUAAAUCCCGACUUGAAUCCCGAGCCAGAACCUGAAUCAAAUUCGGAACAAGAUCCAGAACCAACUUCUGCACCGAAUUCUGCACCGACUUCUGCGCUAGUUUCCGCGUUGAAUUCUGCGUUGAAUUCAGCUUCAGCCAAAUUCGGAGCCUCUCCCGAGUCCUCCAACGACAUCUACGCCAAAUUCAGCUCAUCCCAUACGCCCGAGCUCGAUCAGAACCAGUACUGA